AUGUGCUGUUGUGGGCCCUCUCGCCACGUCCACAGCUAUGCGCACGCGCUGCUGCCACGUCAGCACAGGCACGGCGGAAUCAACGCCACUGGAGCAGCAGCAGCACCAGACACUCCCCUAGCCGCACCAGCAGCUGUAGCAUCAUCAACUGUAGCAGCUGUGGCAGCAGCAACAGCAUCAGCUGUAGCAGUCACACUCGUACCCCCCACCAUCGCUGCCUCUGCUCCUCCUCCUCCUCCUGCUCCUCCUGCUCCUCCUGCUCCUCCUGCUCCUCCUGCUGACGUGGAUACAGCCACGUGUGCAGAUCCCCCUCGCUAUAAGCUCAUACACCAGCAACGCAGCAGCGCCCCCCCGGGGCCGAUUCAGAUCCACACAGUACCCCAGCAGUCGCACCAGGUUAGGGUGGUUCAGACUCCCCAGCAUUAUGAUCUCAGACAUGCACUCGUCUACAGCCUUGAAACUGCCGCUGUGCAGAACCUUCACUGCCACGUCACGCUGAUGUGGACUGCUGUUUGA